AUGAGCGCCGACGGUAAGUCGGUUUCUCGCAUACCGAGCGCUCAGGAAUGGAAAGAUCGAGAUAAUAUCACGAAGACGGGUGAGGAGGAGGAGGAGGACGGCCGUGGCGUGGUGUUGGAGACCCCCAGGAUGCGGCAUCUGCUACUGUUCCUCGUCCUGGGAGCGACCCUCGCCCCGGGCGCGCUGCCCCAGAUCACAAAGUACCUGGAGGUCUCCGAGAAUGCACGGCCGGGUACUAGGGUGGGCUUUAUCGACGCCGACAGUCCACCGUACCUGAUAGUGUCGGUACCGGGUUCAUCGGUGGAGUCCGAUCUGAUCGUCGAUCAAGCAACGGGGGAGAUAAAGACAAAUGUACAGCUGGACCGCGAGACCCGUCCGUCGUAUAGCUUGAUAGCGUUGCAGCAGAACGUGCAGGUCGUCGUGAAAGUCCUCGACGAGAACGACAACGCGCCAACUUUUCCCAUGGACCACGUGGACGUGGAGUUUCCGGAGAAUUCGCCUCGCGAUGCCAAACGGGCACUGCCACCUGCCAAGGAUCCCGAUCUCGACCAGUACUCGACGCAACGCUACGAGAUCAUCUCCGGAAAUCACGGCGACGUCUUCCGACUAUCGCAGCAUCGUGGCCGCGACGGGGUCCUCUACCUGGAUCUGCAGAAUUCCGGCUCGCUGGACCGGGAGGCGCGUUCGCGUUAUCACCUGGUGAUCGAGGCUCUCGACGGCGGAACGCCGCCGCUCCGAUCGAGCUUGCACGUAAACGUGACGGUGCAGGACGUCAACGACAAUCCGCCCAUCUUCAAUCAGACUCGCUACGACGCGUGUGUACCGGAAAACGCGACCGUCGGCACGCCGGUGCUGGCGGUGAACGCGACCGACGCCGACGCCGGGGACAACGGCCGCAUCGAGUAUUCCAUCAAUCGCCGACAGUCCGAUCGCGAGGAGAUGUUCCGCAUCGAUCCGGAGACCGGCAGUUACGUCAACAAGCCCCUAGACUUUGAGUCUAAGGAACGUCACGAACUGGUCAUUGUCGCCCGGGAUCGCGGUGCCCAGCCGCUGGAAGCCAGCGCCUUCCUAUCUGUACGCGUGACCGACGUCAACGACAAUCAGCCGGCCAUCACCGUCAUCUUCGUUUCGGACGACGCGACCCCGAAGAUCAGCGAGAGCGCACAACCCGGCGAAUUCGUCGCCCGGAUAUCCGUCCGCGAUCCCGAUUCCAGGAACAAGAGCGAGUACUCGAACGUGACGGUUACCCUAACCGGGGGCGAGGGUCAUUUCGGUCUGGCCACGCGAGACAAUAUCAUCUAUCUGGUGGUAGUGGAACGUCCUCUGGACCGCGAAGAGAAGCCCGUUUACGAUCUAUCAGUGGAGGCGACGGACGCCGGUACGCCACCCCUUCGUGCCGUGCGCACCUUCCGACUGCUCGUCACCGAUGUCAACGACAACGCGCCCAAGUUCGUGCGGGAGAGAUACGAGGCCCAUCUCCUGGAGACGUCCGAGCCUGGCACGUCGGUGCUGCGAGUGACCGCGACCGAUCUCGACGAGGGCGCCAACUCGGCCGUACGUUACUCCCUUUUGAACACGACGUCGUGGUUCGCGAUUGAUGAGAUCACCGGCCUCAUCAGCACGGUGACGCACGUGGAAUGCGAGGUGGACCCGGCGCCGGUCCUCGUGGUGAUCGCGACCGAUUCCGGACGGCCGCCCUUGAGCAGCAGCGCGACCGUACGAGUGACAGUGCACGAUUACAACGACAACGAGCCCAUCUUCGAGAAGCCUCUCUACAACGCCACCGUGCCGGAGGACAUGCCCGUCGGACGCUGCUUCCUCAAGGUAGGAGAUUGUGCAAAAAUAUCCAAGUUUCUUCUCUAG